UCUUCGUUUAAUUGCAUAUUGCUUGGCGUGCACGUACUUUUAGUCCAUUUUAAAACAAAAUAUGCGUUCGUUUUAGUUUCAAUUCCAGUGAAAAUGUGAUAUCCACCACCACACCUUUUGCAAGCAGGGACACAACUGCAACAGGGUCACUGGCUGCCGAUGUAAAUGGUGGCCUAAUGGCUCAACAAUAUAAUCCAAUGCCACCACAAUCAAAUGGACAACAAACAAUGCGAAAUGAGGCAGACGAACUGGGUCAUGAUAGGCCAACACAGCCUCUGUAUAUCACACCGUCCCCUAAUGAGGCUCCCCUUUACCAGGCGACACAAGGGGGCAUGAACAGCAAUGCCAACACCCAUGACAAGAGCAACAAUGCAUGGACAAUGACACAAAAUCCCAUAAACAUUCAGCAGCAGCAGCUAGACGAAGAUAAUGGGGCAGCACGGGAGCAGCCGAGCACAGCUACAGGUCGUGCUGUCGAUUAUCAGUCGACAUAUCCCUUUGGUCAACUUAUCACGCCAUUAAUCAAAAAUGCACCGCGUCCUGUUUACACGGUCACCAAAGCCAAACCCAUGGCAUCAGCGAGACCAUUAUCGCCCUCGCCAUCCCAUGGUGGCAAAGUGUAUGCCCAAACAGUGUAUCCCUCGACAGGUUAUCAGCGCAAGCCACCAAGUCGAGCUGAAAUUGAUAAGUUACGCGGUCGUGGUGCCAUCAGAGAUCGAUUUACGCCUAGCGAAGCGGUGGCAUCUCAUCAAAUCAAAGCGAACAACCACAAUCAUCAUCAUCCUCACAAUCAUGCUCCCAUGUAUGCGGCAACUGGCAAAGCUCCAGCCGCCUCCAACCUGGUCAACACCUAUGUGCCACCCAAGGAUCUGUAUUCCUUUCCACCCAAUAAUGUAGAUUAUCCUUUGCCAUCGCAGGCCAACAAAUUGGCAUUGCCAACCAGUGUAGUUAAUUCGUAUUCACCUCCUGCUUCGGGCUACUCUUUAGCAGCGGCGGCCAGCUCUAAUGACAAUGGCUACAAAUAUCCUGGUCCCCUAAAUUUGGGCUAUUUACCAUCUCUAAAUGGCAAUGAUAACGGAAAUGGUGGAGAUACCAAAGAUCAGAAAGAUAAUGCGAAUGAUGGUGAUGCAGAUAAUGGUGGUGGUGGCGGUGGUGGUGAUGAUGGUGGUGGGGAUAUGGAUGAUACCAUUGGAGUAUUGCCAGCCAGUGCUAUGGGUAAUGACAACAGCCCGGGCGAUGCCAUGGACAUGAGCGGCAUGGACCAAAUGCCCAUGAAAGAUGUUCAUGAUGAUCACUCCUACGAUACGGAAAAGGAAUAUCCGACACCACCUCCAGAGUGGCUCAAAGCACAUCCCGAAGCACUGAACGAUCAUCCGCCCCACGACGGCGGUGACGCUAUGCCUCAAGACGGCGGUGACACUAUGCCUCAAGACGGCGGUGUCGCUAUGCCAGCAACUGAUGACCACGAUCACCACUCUGAUCAUGAUUACCUUCAUGCGGAUCAUGAUGACCAUGCUCAUGAUCACGAUCACGAUCAUGAUCAUGACCACCACCAUCACCAUCCCGAUAUUAUACUGGAUUCUGAUUCAUAUCCCUAUUAUCAUCAUUCGUUUCCAUCAUUUCCUCAUUAUCCACAUUAUCCGGAAAUAAUUUACGACGACCAUCAUGAUCAUCAUCACCACGUUGAACCACCGCCGACCACAACGACAGAGCCGCCACCACCUGAACCUCCGCCAGAGCCACGUGUCAAGAAAUACAGCUACUUUUAUAUAGGUCGCAAAUUAUGGUACAUUCCUCUCUACUUCACAGUCUGGUUCAGUUUCUAUGUGCUAUGGCUGAUUUUGAAAUCUAUAGCCAGACACAAGGUCAACUUGCCAAACCACUAUGUUGCACGAAGAAGCGUCGAUAACAACUACAACCUCUCCAAGACUCAUAGGGACGUUAUAAAUCAGCUUACGCUAUCGGUAAUGGAAAAAAUUGAACGAUUCAAAAACACACAUCUGAGCUAAGACAAGGGGACAACAAUAAAACGCUUAAUUUACAAAAUUUAAUAUUAUUUAAUUUGGUUGGUUGGUUGGUUAUUUAAAGAGUUUUGGUAGAAAAAAGGGGCACAUUGCAUGCGAAAAGGUUAAUCCCAUACAAAGGCUUUUAUAAUUUGUAUAAACAUAAUACAUGAUGUCUUCAUUUCGACUUUGUUUAAA